AUGGCGCCGCCCCCGCUCGUGGUCGUCAUCGUCGGGCCCACGGGGUCGGGAAAGACCCGAUUGGCGAUCGAUCUCGCGCGCGCGCUCGGAGGAGACGUCGUGAAUGCGGACGCGCUGCAAAUGCACAGAGCGUUGCCGAUCUGCACAGCCCGCGUGCGCGACGACGAGACGCGCGGAGUCAGACACCAUCUGCUCGGAUUUGUCGAACAAGGUGAUUCGUUUGACGUCCGCGAGUUCGUCGACCGAGCGGGGACGAUCGUGCGCGAGGUGGUUGGCGAGGGACGAAGCGUCGUCGUCGCCGGCGGGACGAAUUACUACGCGCAGGCGCUCGUGAGCGACUCGUUGGUGGAUCUCAGCGAUGGAGAGAACGACAGUGAUUUACCAUGCGCUUCCAGCAUCGAUAACCGUCGAGAAACGGAGGGACGACGUACGGCCAUAGACGAUGGAACGGUCGACGCAGACGCCGGGACGGCGCAUGCGAGGCUCGCCGAGGUCGAUCCUGAGAGCGCGAAGCGGCUCCAUCCGAACGAUGUGCGGCGCGUUCGUCGGUACUUGGAGAUAUACAAAGAAACGGGACGCCCACCGAGCGAGAUAUUCAAAGAACGGCGAACUAUGCGAACGUUUAGGUCGCGUUUCGACUCUCUCGGAUGCCGAACUGUGUUCAUUGCCCUUCGAUGUGACUCAAACACUCUGGAUCGAGUUCUUCGCCAUCGAGUGGAGUCUAUGGUUGAACGUGGCUUGGUUGGUGAAUUAGAGGAUUUCGCACGCGCCCACGGUAUCGACGAGAGGGACGACGCACGUGGAGACGUGAGGCAGGCCAUCGGCUACGCGGAGUGGAAGACGUUUCUUCGAGCUCAGAUUGAUAACGAUGUAACGACCCUCACGGUCGACGAAGUCGACAAGUUGCGCACGGAAGCGAUCGAAUCGACUAUUCUAAACACUUGCCGACUUGCGAAACGUCAGCAGGCGCGAGUGCAGACGUUCGUCACUCGAUAUGGCUGGCCUGUAAAGUAUGUCAAUUCGACGCUCUCCCUGAUCGAUUUUCUUUCAAACAUGUCUCGUUUUGAACAGACCUGGCAGGAGACCGUGGUGGACGUCGCAUUGGAAGCGUGCGAAUGCGUGCGAAAUAGCAUUAAGUACAGACAAGACACCGAUCCGACACCACAAAACGUAAGUUCACCUUCAGACGAGUGGACAGUCCGUCGAUGCGAGUGUUGCGACAAGACGCUUCGAGGCGACGUUGAGUGGAGAGCGCACGUGAGUGGUAGACGACAUCGAAAGGUGGCCUCGGCUGCGCGCAAGCGACAAAAAGGAGAAUUCGGUCACAGACACCCGUCUAGAUCGGUAGGACUUAGCGAAAUUAGCGAUUAG